CUCGCCUCUAGUUAGUUCUUAGACGUACACCAUAGGCUUGUGGACUCUUCUUCGUACGUACUCUUUAAAUAUACACGCACGCACGCACACGUUCUGUUCGUCAUGUGUUAUUGUUGUUGUACUUCUAUGCGGACACGUUUUACCAUUUUUGUUCUUCUACGCGACGCGUCCACCACUUUUGAUUGUGUUCAACUCAAUUGAGACAUACGGAUUCUUUUUUCGGACGUUCAGUCUUAGCGGUAUCAUCACUAGCCGGGCGUAGAAAGCGUUCCGAGUCUAGCUGAAAAACGCGUCGUUUCCUUAUCUGUGCGGCCGAUAAUGACGCUUGAUUGGUUUUGUCGGUAGUGUGCCGCGCUGAUGUGUGCCAAAGAAGAGGAAAAAAUCGCGACUCGUUAAGGAGACGUAAACCGUUGUUUUGUUAAAAAAGCAGGAGGACCGCGAGUGUUUGCGGUACGAUGUUGUGAUUGCGGGUGACAUGCCUGAAAAAGAGGCGGACUUUCAGGCCGCUAUGUCUGCAGGACUGCCGAUUCAGUUUCCGUCGGCUUUCGCAGCUUUUCACGCACCUCUUCCCGUUGAUCAAAGGACCCACGAGGGUCGGUAUGUCUGGGAUCACAGAAUGCAAUCAUCAACUGGACCUUUUCAUCCACCAACACCAACAGGCGUCGGCAGCAGCCCUGGAGGAGGAGGAGGUCUGCAAUUACUUGGCAGGGACCUUCAUCCUGCCUAUCGAUUACCUCCACACAUGGAGUACCUUUAUUCACUACAACACUCCACUGCAAACUCAAUUCAUGGUCUUGGAUUAUCACCUGAAUACCUGAGUGCUCGAGGAUUAACCGAUCUCCACCCAGCCUCAACAUUAGCAAGUACAGAAUUUCCAUUUAGUAUAGAUGGUUCUCGAUUAAAUAGUCCUCGACCCGGAAGCAUACGGCAGUCGAGGAAACGAGCCCUAUCAUCAUCCCCCUACUCCGAUUCCUUCGACAUAAACUCCAUGAUACGUUUUUCUCCAAAUUCCCUAGCUUCUAUUGUAAAUGGCUCAAGAUCAUCGAGUGCCAGCGGCUCUUACGGCCACCUUUCUGCAGGUGCAAUUAGUCCUGCGUUGAGCAUGCACCCCGGUGUCCAUUUGCAGCAGUUACAAGCGCAUCUAAUACGCAGCGCGGGGUCGCUGCUUCCUUUGGCACCGGGACCUGCACCACCUCAUUCCAUGUAUUCGCUGAGUCAUCAUCCUCUUCAUGUAUCUUCACCGCACAAUACUCCAAAGACUGAUCAGAUGCUAAUAGAUUCAAGAAAAAAGUCUGAAACUGGAACUGUGAUUUCUUCCGACGUUGGCGAUCAUGGUGGUUCAACUAGGAAGCAGAGGAUAAAAAAGGAGCCAAGUUUGAAUCCGAGUACACCUUGUAUAAAUACAAACGAAGGACAAAAUGAUUUGGGGGAUUUAAAGGAUGAACCGGGGGAUUUUAUCGAGACUAAUUGCCAUUGGAGAGAGUGUGGAACUGAAUUUCCCACUCAAGAUGAUUUAGUUAAACACAUCAACAAUGACCAUAUCCACGCUAAUAAAAAAUCGUUUGUGUGUCGGUGGGAGGGUUGUUCAAGAGCUGAAAAACCUUUCAAAGCUCAGUAUAUGCUUGUUGUACAUAUGAGAAGGCAUACUGGCGAAAAACCACAUAAAUGCACGUUUGAAGGUUGCAUAAAAGCAUAUUCUCGACUUGAAAACUUAAAAACCCACCUUCGAUCGCAUACAGGCGAAAAACCUUACACAUGCGAAUUUCCCGGUUGUUCAAAGGCAUUUAGUAACGCUUCAGAUCGAGCGAAACAUCAGAAUCGGACUCACAGUAAUGAGAAACCUUAUGUUUGUAAAGCACCAGGUUGUACAAAAAGAUAUACAGAUCCAAGUUCGUUGCGAAAACAUGUUAAAACAGUCCAUGGUGCCGAAUUUUACGCUAAUAAGAAACACAAAGGAAUUGAUGGUGGCUCUGAAGAUGGACCUGGCGGUUUGGAUUCAAGUCCCAGAAGUGAAGAUAUGCAAAGUCACAAGACAGCAAGUCUUAGUAGUCCUAGCAUAAAAUCAGAGUCUGAUGUAAAUUCUCCUGGUCAACAACAACAAGGAAGUCCUUUGGGAAUCACUCAACUUGCUGGUGGCUGUGUUGAUGAUAUUUCUGGGGAUGCUGUACCUUCUAAUAGAACGGGGCCUUUAGAUGAUCCAGCUUGGCCUUAUGAUGCUGAUUUAGAGAUUGAUGACCUUCCGAUCGUUCUAAGAGCCAUGGUGGGAAUUGGAAAUGAUCGUAAUAGCGGAGCUAGCGUUGCAAUCAACGAUAGAUUAUUAAGAAAUAGACAGAAAAUUCGGCUUCAAGCAAAAACACCUUCUCUUUUACCUUUAGCAUCGACGCAACGAAAAGCAUUGGGAAUAACCGACUUAAAUAGAAGAAUAACCGAUUUAAAAAUGGAAGGAGCACCAACUGGACAACAAACGAAAACUCAACUAGCAGAUCUUCAGCAAAGAUUACAACCACCAGGGAAUACGCAAACUCAAAUUCGAAGAGAUAGUAAUUCCACAGUUAGUAGUUAUUAUGGAAGCAUGAGGAGUGCUGAUAUGAGUCGAAAAAGUAGUUUGGCUUCUCAGGCGAGUAUGAAGCCGGGUUUUAAUGGCCCAAGCUCAUUUUACGACCCAAUAUCAGCUGGAAGUUCAAGAAGAUCAAGUCAAAUGUCCACAGCAACAACAGGAGGAACAGCAUUACCACCACCUCCACCUUCCCAUUUAUUAGCAGGGCAACUCCAACAAUUACAAUCACCUCCUUCAACAGCCCCAAGUAAUUUAGUAUUACAAACUCAAAAUACAUCCCUCCAACAAACCGCUCUUCAACAAUCUUGGGUGAACUUCAAUAUGAGCACACAAAAUUCAACUGCAACUACAACAGGUGGUGAUUCAAGAAGGAUGUCAGAGCCGUGCCACACAAUAACGGAUCGCAAAAGUCCUCCACCAAGACCAGCUUCGGUUUCUUUGUCACCUUUGAAAGGUGCAACUAGUUCCGGGGAACUUCAUCCUAAUCAAGCGGUUGUUCUGGAUGAAGUGGGAGAAGGAGAAAUGGUUGAGAAUAAGUUGGUUAUUCCGGAUGAAAUGAUGCAUUACUUAAAUCAAGUGGCUGAUACGCAUCAAAGCGAUGCUAACACAAAUACGCAAUGGACUGAAUCUAGAAAUAAUCCUCCAGUACAAAAAACAAAUUUACCCCAAACGAAUCAAAUGGUUCCUUCGCCCCAAUCGAAUCUCAUCAACCAACUCAUGCCUUCACCACAAUCUAAUUUUAAUCAAUUAUUACCUUCGCCACAACCUGUACCGAGCACAUCAAGAAAUCAAGUAAUGGCAUCUCCUGGACCUAUGAUGACUCAUCUCCCAUCACCAGCAGCGACAAUUAAUCAUUACACACAAAUGCAAUCACCAUCAAGUUACAACAAUAUUCCUAAUCCUUUAAUGUCGCCUGGGCAAGGUAUGAACCAAAUGGUUCCUUCACCAAUGAGCACCCAAAUGGUUCAUUCCCCAGCAAGUACCAUGAACCAAAUGAUCCAAUCACCAAUGUCCGUACAUUGCCAAUCACAAGUAAUGUCGCCAGGAAUGCAUUGUGGCAAUCAAAUGGUUCCUUCACCAGCUCAAACGAUACAAAAUCAAAUGAUGUCACCAUCGCUUCCAAUGCAAAGCCCAAAUCCGCAUAUGAUGAGCCAAAAUUGUAAUAGUAUGAUUCAAAAUCGUCCAAUGAGUCAACAUAAUCCAGGAAUGAUGGGUACUAUGAAUAAUAUGAAUAACAUGAACAGAAAUCCAUGUUACACUAAUAGAACGAAUCACCACAAUAUGUGUUAUUCUCACAAUAACAAUUUUAACGAACAAAAUAGGAUUUGUCAACCACAAAAUCAAAUGGCGCCUCAAAUGAACCACAACAUGUGUAAUAAUUACAACAACCCCAUUAAUAAUAGUUAUAUGGGUUCAACAAUGUCGACAGGAACAAGUAGUCAAUGCGGAAAUCAUCAUAAUAAUUAUCAAAUUUGUAAUCAAAAUUAUAUGAACGGUUGUCGUACGAAAAUAAAUUAUAAUUGCGGUACAAAUUACCAACCAAAUCAAAGUCCCAAUUAUGGGUGCCCACCAACGAUAAACGAACAACCUUUAGCAUCGCCGACGAUGGCUACUCCAGCACCGAACGAUAUGAUAAAUCAACCCCAACAAGCUCAAAUGACGAGGCCUUGCUCUCAUUAUAAUCAAUCUUGUUAUCAAUAUAAUUCCCAUGGGAAUCACCAACAGUGUACAACUUGUACGUGUCAAAAAGCUUAUCCACCCAAUCAGAAAUGCAUGCAUAAUUGUAAUGGGGAACAAGAGAUACAGUGUAGAGAUAUAAGUCAAUCGCAAAUGUCGCCAAGUAUUGGAAAUCCAUCGAAUAAUCAACAAACAAAUAACGUACAACCAUUUGGUAUGAGACAAGAUACCUACCAGCGUACGUUGGAGUAUGUACAAAAUUGUCAAUCUUGGGUUACAAAUCCAGAUAUGGUGAGUAGUAGUACACAUCCAUUAGGGAAAGGUGAAACGGCAAGUUCUAAUAUGGUUGUUAAUGAUAUGACGUCGUCACUGAGUUCUUUACUUGAAGAAAAUAGGUAUUUACAAAUGAUACAAUAAGAAGCAAUUCAAGAAUGAGCUCAAUCCGAUGAUACUGUAGAUAUUAUAAGAAAUAAUUUAAAAUUUAAAUAAUAAUACGAACGAUAAUUU